AUGGGAAAACGCAAGUCAUCCAGCAAGAAGCCGGGAGGCGCCAAGAAGCCGGCUCCGCUUGAUACCGUCUUCACAUGUCUAUUCUGCAACCAUGAGAAAGCUGUCUCAUGCAAGAUUGACGACAAAGCAAGGAUCGGCUACCUCUCAUGCAAGGUCUGCGGCCAGAAAUUCUCUGCCGACACAAGUCCUCUGGAUCAGCCGAUCGAUGUAUAUUCUCUAUGGAUCGACGCUUGCGAGGACGUUGCCAACGAACAGGAUCGCUAA